CCUCAAGCGCCAUACCAUAAUCCCAUUUCAAAUUUCGCGGCGCAAAGUACCCACCUCUCCCCCUCUCCCCUUCCUAAUAACCCUAGGAGAUUGCGUUCUUUUACUCUCGGCACUCGAUACAGUUUCCACCUGCCAUUCAAGCUUUUCUUAGGCGCUCUCUUCGGCGGCGCGCAAUAUCUGACACCCCGCAAUUUCCCCGCCAUUGAUCCCCAGGAAAUUCUGUCGCAUAUCUUGGCUUCGAUCCACGUUCGCUCAAGAUGGCCGAGCUUGCACUCUCCUUGGUGGGCACCGUUGGAGUGCUCGGCCAGAUCUUUCAGGGGUGCAUUAACGCUUAUCAGAUAUUCACAACGGCGUCGAAUUUGGGUCGAGACUCGGAGCGACUGGUAUGCAAGAUUAGGAUAGAAGAGAUGCGCCUGCUGGUGUGGGGGAGGGAGUGGGGAGUUGAAGAGGGAAAACUCGAAAAAUAUCUAGGGGAGGAGAGCAAAGCUGGGAAUGAGCGCCUGCGAGGACUGGCGAUACAGGUGCUGAGCGAACUGUAUAAAACGAUUACGGACCUCGAUAAGCUAAAGGGGCGUUACGGGCUCCGAGAUGUCGAUAACGUUGCACCACAGCAAGAAAAGGGGGCGCUGGAGGGGAAGGGCGGUAAUGGCAAUGGGAAUGGAAACAACAAAAAGGACAAGCCCGCGCCGGGCGAAGCCUGGAAAGAGAACUUCAAAGAUAAAUCAUUCGCAGAGCGUUUCAAGUCGGAACUACACUUGCGCGCCAAAUGGGUCAUCGCCGACAAAGAUAAAUUCCACUUCUUCCUGCAAGAUUUGAAAGACUACAACGAUGGGCUUGAACAGCUCUUCCCGCCCUCCCGCCUCGCGACGCUUCACCGCACAUGGCAGAACGAACUCCUCCAAGGAGCACAGCGGGACCUUGCGAAGUUAGGUCUGCUUGAGAGCGCUAGCAACGGCGUCUACCCGCAGCUAACCACCUCUGCCAAUCUGAAGCAACUGCGCAUAAAUCUAGAUUCCAAGCCUACGGCGAAUUUCAAGCCGACGUUCGCCUUAAAGAUCCAAUGGCCGUUGCUCGAAGUCACAGACAAGGAGACUCGGCGCAGCCUAGCUGCUUAUAACAGCCCCUCGGGCGAGAGGGGAAAAAAUGUAGUCAUUGAAUGGGUUGAUUAUGACAAAGAGGAUCUUGAAGGUCGCUUCCAACAUAUCAGGCGCAUUGACGACUUAGCUCGCAUGGUGCACUCGGCCUCAGCGCGGCACCCGGAUCUCCAUACAAUUGACUGCCUAGGGUAUACCGAUGAUACGAGCCACUCACGUUUCGGAGUCGUGUAUGACUCUCCGGCUUCCUCAUUCUCAACGCUGUAUUCGAUCAUCUCCUCCAACGACUACCGCACCCCUGAUUUAGGGGAUCGCUUCAAACUCGCCCAUAGUCUUGCUGUUGGCCUGUGGUCCUUCCACUCCCUUGACUGGCUGCACAAGUCGGUUUGCAGCCACAAUAUCCUCUUCUUUCCGUCUGCCAUCUCGGAUUCAGCAAGCAAACCAACAGUAAAUGCCGCUCUAGUGCCGGACAUAUCGUCGCCGUUCCUACUCGGAUUUGACUCCUCUCGCCCCGAACAAGUAGUCGAGAUGAGCGUGGCUAGCCGCAACCCGUCGUCGUUGGAUCUCCACCGGCAUCCGAGCAGUCUGGAGGGGAUCGAUAGGAAGCCGUAUUGCAAGGGGUUCGACAUAUACAGUCUUGGUCUCGUGAUGCUUGAAAUUGGACUAUGGAAGAUAUUGCAAGCUUAUUACAAGCCGCACUAUACAGCUCAACGGUUCAGGGAUCGGGUGGUUGUGGGGCUGCUGGUCCCAGGACUAGGAAGUAAGACGGGAUCCGCAUAUAGACAGGUCGUGGAGAGAUGUUUGGACGUCAAGGACGAUAUGAGUGGGCUUGAGUGCCACCAACUUAUGGAAUGGGUGGUAGACACCUUGGAGAGCCUGAGGGUUUAAGACAGGAUAUACUGGUGUAUAUACGCAAGCCAUAUAUGAUACAUGAGAGAUGACAAAUGAGGGAUGAUACCACAUAUAUAUAUAGAUAACAAGUAGAAUAUGAAGCAGUUAUUUC